CACACACAUACCGGAAGUUAGUUUCAAAGAGUUCUGAGGCUAUCUGAGCUAGGAAAUCCACGUGUGGUUAACAUUUCAACCAUUAUUUACAAUGGGGAAGAACGGAAAAUUCAAUAAAGGCUCUAAACAUAAACCUGGAUCUAAAAAGAGGGAGAAUAAAUGUAUCGUAAUGUUCGACGAGAAAAAUCGACAGGACUUUCUAACUGGUUUUCACAAGAGGAAAAUUGAGAGGAGGAAAGCAGCUGUUGAGGAGAUAAAGCAGAAGUUGAAAGAGGAGCAGAAAAGGGUCAGGGAAGAUCGACACAAAGAGUAUUUGAAGAUGCUGCAAGAGCGAAAGGAAGCUCUUGAUGAUGCUGACGAAUUGGAGGACGCAAUUACUGGUACAACAGAAUCUGUCCAAUAUGAUCAUCCCAACCACACAGUUACUGUGACAACCAUUAGUGACCUUGAUCUAACAAAAUCUUACCUGCUUGGCAUGGAUGCCCAUCAGGAUGAAGAUUGCAGUGAUGCAGAGGAGCAGACUGAGGAGAAGGAUGCUGUGAAGUCACUUCCCAAGAAAGCCGGCAAGCCUUUGCUCUCUAAAAAGAUCAAGUCACUCUCAGCCUCGCUGAACAUGUUAACCAAGCAACCACAGAAGCACAAGCGGAAAGGGAAGCAGGAAGACAAAGGACAGGGUCGAGUGAACUUAACUGGCAGCAACAACAAACGGCGUCUGACGAAAACCACCAAGACUCAGAGACGCAGGCGAACAGGCAAAAGGGGCCAGGACAGAGAGUAACUGUGUGGAUGGGCUAUGCACCAGGGACACGCUUGCCGCUGAACUUCUGUGAUGGACGACAAAAGAAGUUGAAUCGGGUUUUUAAAGUUAUUUAAGAAAUGGGCACACUUGUUUACAAUCAUAGUAUUGAAAGGUGAGGGCGUUGACCAACGGAAUAGAGAAUGGGAACUACCAUGAAGUUGACAGCAGUGUUUUAAAGCCAUUUUGCGACUUGGUGCAUUCAUUUAAUAUACAUCCUUUUCCCUGUCAGUUCACAUGUUAACUGUCAAGGAAGUAGCACUACCAUUGUGUUAAAAUUGUAGAAUGGAGUGAACUCGAUCUGGAAAAUCGAUCAAAAGGAUUGUCAUUUUCUGUUUUUGAUGUACAGGACAUUUUUCUAUUCGACGUUUUGCAACUAAAACGUAAUUGUGUACAUAGAAAAGUAAUGGUGUAAAUACAAAAUAAAAAUUACAUAAUUUUCUUGCCA